AUGGCUCACAUAGAUACAGCAGUCAUCUCAAAGACAGUGAUCGUCCCCAGAGCACACCUCUGGCCCCCACCCCCGGCGAGUUCAAAGGGGGGCCAGGCCAGUGGGCCGCGUCUUGGAGCGCGGCCCACUCCCCUGCGCGAUCCAGGGCCCCACAACUUCAACCCCGGCGCAGGUUGGAGCUCGCUGCCCGGACAGCUGCCCGAUCCUUUUUCCUAUCGAGAUGAACUCGACUUGCCUGUCCCGCAGCGGCGAAACUGCGCUCCAACUCCCACCAAAAGGAGCACCGUGGACCAUCGCGCCUCAAGCCACCUCUGGGCUUCCCGGGACCGAUCCCCGCUCCCUGCUCCCGUGUGUGGGAAAGACUGGAGUGUGUGCGCGCCCGCUCUCCGUGCGUGA